AUGAAACAUAUUUGGGAUCUUGUGGCUAUUAAAAAGUCCACGUGGGCUCUGUGGGUAAUUAGAAAUAAACUGAAGCUGCUCAGUUUUUGGGGCAUCACAAAGCCAUUCAAUGCUAGCUGGAAUUGGAGGAGUUUAAUCAAUCUUAGAGAUGAGGUGAAAUCCUGUUACUGUUAUAAUCUUGGUAAGGGAGAUAUAAUGUUCUGGCAUGAUCCAUGGGUGGAUGGGUGCUCUUUGUUGGAACUUUAUCCAAAUAUGGUGAUUGAAGAUAUUGAUGUCCCAUAUACAGCAAAAGUAAAAGACCUUUGGAGGAGGGGUAGAUGGAAUCUGCCAAACCCCAUGGAUGAAGUUACUGCAGAGGCUUGGGAGAGAGUUAGAAAAUUCAGUGUGAACUCAAUGGAGGAUUUAGUGGUUUGGAAGCAUAGCAAGAAUGGGGCAUUUAGUAUUCAGAAUGCUUGGAAGACCUUUAGACCUGCAACUGGUAAGGUCUCAUGGUGGAGAUUAAUAUGGAGUCCAGGGCUUGUUCCCAGACAUAGCUUUAUUGUUUGGCUGGCAAUUAAGAAAAAACUGAGAACAAAAGAUAAAUUGAGAAGAUGGGGCUGUGUAGGAAAUGAUAUUUGUGUGUUAUGUGGUGAAGAAACUGAAACUAUUGAGCAUCUAUUCUUUAGUUGUCAGGUAUCUGCAAUAAUAUUUCAGAAGGUACUUCAAGCUUGUUUGAUUAACAGAAAUGUAUUGGUAUGGAGGAGAGAAUGCUCCUGGUUUUCAAGAAGAGCUGCAGGAAAGAGCUUAAUGGCAAGAUUAAGGAGAGUAGCAUUUGCCUGUUCAGUAUACUAUGUCCGGAAAGGGACGAACAUAAGUGUAUUUGAAGAAGAAGCAGUGAAUGUUGCAAUGAUACUGAGCUGGAUUCGUAGAGACAUGUUGUUGAAGAUGUAUAGCAGAAGGGACAAUUCUCAUAGAUUCAUGCUAGUUUAUGAAAACUGA